CAAAAUUCAAUACGAUCACACGGUUAAAGAGAAAUACUGCUUUAUUGUUGAGUUCUACCAGAAAGAGGAAAAAGUGAAUUAAAAUAAAAAAGGCAACAAUUAAAACGAAACGAAAUACUUUUAAAAAAAAACAGAAGAUAAAAUAAGUUGACAAACGAGAAAGAAAGAUUGCGCAAUGUCAUUGAGAAUAUUGGGAUGCAUUCUUGCUGUACUUCUCGGCGUACAAGCAUUUCCGCAAAUACCACGACAACGUGAAAGCUCAGUAAUCUUUAUAGAUUUCAACUAUAAUGGAAAAUCCGGUGAAAAAACUUUGCGAUCCUUAGACCAAAUACAUUUACAAGAUGGAAAUAUACGAGGACGAAGUUCGUAUACCGAUAGUUAUGGAAAUCCUGUUGCAUAUGAUUCACUAGAUGAUGUAAAUGCACAAAGACCAAGCAAUAAUAAAGAUAAUCCUACACAAUACGUCAUUCCGGGUUAUGCUAGUGGAAUAUUAGAUUCUCAUGAAGUUCCUUCAAGAAGUUCGGUCAAUGAUAAUGAAGGAAGAACAUCAAACGAAGACAAAAUACAUUUUGUUGAUCCACUCAAUCAAAACUCAUUUCAAACAUUUAAUAAUGCACCAUCAACAUCACUUACCGUACCAGACUUUAAUUCACAAUCUCCACCAAUUAAUAUUCCAAGACCCAACAUUGAUCUGCCUGAAACUCCAAUAAAUUCCAAUGAUGAUGUUUUGAAUUCAAAUUUACCAAACGCACCUCCAUCAACAUUCUUAGAAGUUCCUUUUGACCAACAUUCUAAUAACAAGCCAUUUGUUACGCUACCACCUCAAGUAUCAAAUUCUGAAGGUGUUAAAAUUUCAAUUCCUCGACCAAAUCUUGAUAUCCAUGAAACACCUAUUGAUGGAAGCAACAAUUUACUGAAUCAAGGACUUUUACCUCCACCAACAUCAGUACAACCAAAUUUUAACAAUAAUAUAUUUUUGAAUCCAAAACAGGAUCAACCUGUGUUGAUUACUGAUGAUCAAACAUUAUUUGCUCCAAAACCAUCUAAUGGAUUAUUACCACCUAAAGAUCCCGUUCCAAAUAAUUUUAAUAUCCAAUCCAAUAAUGCUUUGCCAUCAUCGACAAUCCCGUCUAAAUUUAAUACGAAUUUUGAGGGUACGAUUUUAGGCGGAAUAACAACAUCUUCUCCACUACAGAUUCCUGUCCAAAUAGUCCAUUCACAGGAUGGCAAAAUAAAUAAGUAUACUGGGACAUUUGGUGGUUCACCUGGAAUUUUAGUGAGUAAUAAUCAAAUUGAUAGAGUCAUUCCAACAGUUUCAACCCAAAGAGUUCAACCGACAUCAAGUACAGCCUUAAAUAGUAUUCAACCAACGCAAGGAUCAACCAAUAAAUUCACAGGCUCAUUUGGUGGUGCCAUUGGCUUUUUAAGCCCAAAUUCUGCGCAAACUACAAUUUCAGAUGCGUCAACCACUCAAAGUAAUAAUGUAUUAUUACCAUCAAAAAAGAAACCUUUAUUAACAUUUGGAGGUCCAGAAGGCGUCUUAAGACCGUUCGAUAAUCUUCAAAAGAAUUAAAGUUUUAUCUUUUUUUUUGUGAUAAGAUAUUCAUACUCAAUUAAGGCUCUGCAAAUAGAAAU